CUCCCUUUGUGCUUUCUGGAAUCGUGGGACAGUUUGCAUGAUCCCAGUGCCUGUGAAGAUACGCUUAAACACAGCAGAGUAAAGAGUACAUGCAGACUGGAAAAAAAAAAAAAAAAAUCAAGUCAGAGACUGAUGUACACUGGAAGAAGAUAUCCACAAGAGAAAAAUAAUGGGGUUUCUUUUCAUUAGUUCUGCUAUUUUUCUCUUGUCUUCUGUGCUGUAUUCACUCUUUGGAUUUUCUUCAGUCCUAAGUCAGGACCUGAGAGAAAGAGAUGCAUUUUGUAAUGCAGAAGGCUGCUUUGUGAUUUACUUUGAAAGUAAAAUCUUCCUAGACUCAUGGAGGUCCUGCAAAGAGAAAGGUGGAAAUUUGGCUACCAUCAAGCGCAAAGAGGAGGCCAACGCUAUUGCCACACUUUUCUCCACUGUGGACUUGAGGUCGUCACGUACCAAGGUCAAAGUGUGGAUUGGCUUGCAACGUCAACCUCGUCAGUGCAACUCAGAUUCACUAAGGGGUUUCUCUUGGACAACAGGCGAUCAAGACACAGAAUAUACCAACUGGCAAACAGAGGACUCUCCUGAUAUGUGUUUGGUAUCUCUUUGUGUGUCUUUUGACUACGACACACUACAACACAGUGAUAACUUCAAAUGGAUUCAUGGUUCAUGCUCUAUCCCUGCUGAUGGAUAUCUUUGCCACUUUGCUUACAACGGAAUGUGUUCGCUGUUGCCAAGUGAGGGUUCAGGAGUUGUCCUUUAUACAACACCUUUUAACCUACUGACCACAACCCUAACCCAUCUACCAGUCGGAUCUGUUGCUAAUUUACAAUGUCUCACAAAUGCCAAUCAGAAAGUUCAAUGUGUGAAGAGGACAGACGAUAGUUCAGUCGGAUGGUAUCCUGAACCGCUAUUUUGCUCAAAUCCCUCAAUUACAUACCAGUUGUGUGAGCAGGAUAAUGGUGGAUGUGAACAUUUCUGCACACAAGCCGGUGGUCAGAUGUCCUGUGGCUGUGCAAAGGGUUUUCGUCUCAGAUAUGACGGACAGACCUGUGAGCCUGACUUUUGUCAAGAAGACCCCUGUGAGUUUGAGUGCUUACCUCUUUCAGACGGCUACCGCUGUGCCUGCCCUGAUGGAUACAUGCUUGCACCAGAUGAACAUGCUUGUCUAGAUGUGGAUGAGUGUCUUCAGUCUCCUUGUGAGCAGAGAUGUACAAAUUCGCCAGGGACAUUUGAAUGUCAGUGUCUGGAGGGUUAUUUCAUCAAUGAAACAGGGGAAUGUGAGGACAUAGAUGAGUGCUCGGUUAACAUAUGCCAACAUGCUUGUGAAAACAUUCUCGGCUCCUAUACCUGCCUCUGUCAUCUGGGUUAUACAGUUGAUAGAGAAAACCCCACACAAUGCCUAGAUAAUGAUGAGUGUCAGAUUCCUGGAACAUGCGAGCAAAUGUGUGUCAAUUAUGUCGGUGGUUUUCAGUGCUUCUGUAAGAAUGGCUAUGAACUUUUGUCUGAUCAAUCAACAUGUCAGAAAAUAGGGGCCAAUCAGGUUGGAUCUACCACUCCUCCCUUUCCUCAUGUUGGACAUAUUGAACCAACCACUGAUCACUGGCCAGAAAAUCAGGAGCAACCUCUGGACUGGCUGACCAAUCCAUUAACAGCCUCGAAACCUGAGGAAAUGUGGGAUACCAGUGUCUCACAGGACGAACCCCGGACUAGCUGGGAUGACUUGUAUGGAGAUUAUGAACAGGAAACUACUGCAACUAUACCAUUCCUUUCCACAUCUACAGUCUCAGAGGGAGCUUGGAAUUGGUGGCCAUCGUUUUCUACUUCCACUCAAAGUUUGGACAAUCCACAUACAGAUUCAGAUGUAAAAAAAGAAGCAGAGCAGGAAAAGUUCUCUCCCCAUGAUUACCCCCAGCUCCCUGGGCAGGAGUCUGUAAAGGAGGGAAAGAAUUAUGAGGAAAUUACACACUCUCAAAACCCUGCUGUUCCCACACCGAAGCCACUCCCCCCAUUCCUGAAUGGGGGUGGUGGAAGUGGGGACAACCUGGAUUCUGUCCAAGAUGACAGGGAGCAUAAACAGAGCAACACUGGGCUCCUGGUUGGCCUGCUGGUGCCCAUCUGCAUCUUCAUCGUGGUGAUGGUGGCAUUGGGUAUUUUCUACUGCACUCAUUGUGGCGUGAAGCCAAGAAACAAGAAUGCCACCGAGUGCUACCACUGGAUAUCUGGUGCACAUGACAAACAGGGGGCACCCGGGCCCUCAGGGGACAAGGCCACCGUUUAGAUCAUGAAGACAGAAACUGAGAUGUAAACUGAGAGACAGUUUUAGUCAUAGACGAUGAAAAACCAAGUGGGCAAAAGUUUUAAGUGCAGUAAUAUCUGUGACUGUGGAAAUGAAAACUUUUUGAUUGUAUUGCUUUACUUAAAAACAUAUGGUAAGUAACAAAAAAUUGGCAGUGUUUAGUAUGUUUGAGUGCCAUAUUAGACAUAUUAGGAUUUCAAAAGAUAAUUAGGAACAUUUCUAUUAUAACAGCUUUUUAAAAAUAUAUAUAUAAUUUAAAUGGAACAGUUCAUAUUAAUGAACAUACAGUGUUAUAUAUUGGUUGCUAAUAAAUCACUGUAAUGCAGACCGCUACAAGAGAGCUCUCCUGCCAACAGCCAUCAAAAUCUUCAAUAACUCUUUAAAGAAUCCAAAUUAAUGAGUUACAAUAACAUCUAAUCUCCCUUUGGGAUUAAAAAAGUAUUUUUGAAUUUGAAUUUAAUGCUAAUUUUCAUCACAUAAAACAAACACCAGAUACAAACAUUCAUAAGAAAUACAGUAAAAAAACUAUAUGCAGUCGGAAAACCUAUUUUAAGAUCCUUAUAUCAAAAAAAUGAAUGUUUUUCUAAUAUUUACAAAACUGUCACUAGGUAACUAAAACACAAAAUUCCUUUUUGCAUUUUAAUAUAAGCAAACAGUUAUUAUAGCAGCUGAUACUGCAGUUAUUAAAAAUAGUGACUUGGUAUUAUUUUAUCUUUCUGAGAUGCUUGACUUUGCUUGAAUUAUUUCAGUAUUUAUGUUUAUUUCAAGUUGCUUUCAAAUACACUGUAAACACUUUUACAGAAGGAUAUUUUUUCAUAUGAAGAGCACUUCUUUUAUUGACUUUAAGAUGACAAUGUUUCAAUGGGGUGAUAUGAUACUUGUAUUUUACCUUUUUCAAAGAUUUUGCAAUUUUGAUUAAUUUUUACAAUACAAUUAUUUUGUGAAAUUUUGAAAUAAUCGCAGCUGUACGCAAAUUUUUUAAAUACAGUUUUUAAAUGUCGCUGUUCAUGUUCUGUAACAUAAAGAUCAUUGUAGAGUUAAAUAUCAUUCUAAAAUUACAACCGACUCUUGUUUAAUUUUUUCCCUUGCUGAUAAAUUGUAAAAAUCAUCAGUAUUUUUCUCACUGUUCCAUGUUGAUAAUUAGUACAAUCAAAACGGUUUGUUGUAAAACUGAGAGUUUUGAGCCACAGAUCAACCUUUUAAUAAAGGUACUGUACAAAGUACAGCAUUGUACCAAAAACCCCUGGCCAUACUUUACUGGUUACCAUAGGGACUCUCUGGUAUAAUGCAGUUUUUAGUUUAUUUAUUCACAACAUAAUAUGCGUUUCAAAGCGUUUUACAAAAAAAAAAAAA